CGUCAUAUCCGCUAUGAGAACUACAACCCGGAAGGGACAGUUUACGAGCUAGGCUCGUUAUCCUAGUUUGUGUUUUCAGAAAAUUUAACAACAAACGUGUCUCUGUAAAGCGUUUUCAUGUAGUUUCACUGUAGAUAUGCCACGGUACUGCGCUGUAAAAGUUUGCAGAAACCGCGGGGGAACUGCAUCUAGACAAGACAAAAGAAUUAGCUUCUACCCGUUCCCCUUGCAAGACAAGUCCAGGCUCCAGAAAUGGGUAGACAACAUGAAGCGGGAGAAGUGGACCCCGAGUCGACAUCAGUACCUGUGCAGCGAGCAUUUUAAAGAGGACUGCUUUGAUAUUCGAUGGGGCAUCCGCUACCUGAAGAACACAGCCAUCCCAACCCUAUUUCCCUCCAUUGAGGAUGAUGGAGAGAAAAACAUUACCACCAUUAAACAAAGCCCCAAGGCCAAACCCAGAACUUUAGACGUUGAUAUUGAGCCCACAGGAUUUGACUCACCUCUCAGCAAGAGGCCGCUUAUUUUGGGCAGAACAUGCAAAAAGGUGCAGUCAAGUUCAACAAACAGCUUGGUUUGCGAACACACAGAGAUGAUAGUUGAUCCUCCUCUGGCGUCGGACACUGGCGUCUCCCGUCAUUCAAAUCUCUCAUCAGAGAUACGGACUGCUGCCUGUGAGAUACCAGGCGACAGCGGAAUGCCAACAGCGUCUUGCAUCGCACUGUCCCCAUGCAGUGAGCCCCAUUCUGAAGAAAAGGCUGACUCGAUUGUUACCGUUUUGUGCUGCGAGUCAGUGGGCCCUUUCUCGGAUGGAGAGGAAAACGUGGAUGCAGCUGCCCUCCAGGCAGCGAUGGGCCAGGCUUUUAGCUAUGUCCCUGUGGAAUUGGUAAUGGACGAACCCACAGCCUCUUUUUUGGAGGAUAGGGGACCCAGUGAGGUAGAGCACAUUUAUGUUUACGAGCACUCGUACUGCAGACCGGACACUGACAAAGAUCAGCUUUGGCGUAGGAUCUUGAGUUUGCAUGCAAAGAUCUUGGGACUGGAUCGCAGGGAGGAGAGCACCUUGGCCAAAAUCCGUGCUCUGGAGACUGAGGUAGCCCUCCUGAAAAGAGAUGGUGCUGUUUUUAAAGAGAAGCAGAAAGUUUUAGAAGAUUAUAUAUCAUCCAUGUUGCUCUGAUUUUGCAAGCUAUGGACUCUGUAAUGAGACUGUUGGUGUGCAUGGAUUUUAACUGUUACCAUUGAGUCACUUUUGCUAAUAUGUUGCACAUGCUCGCUCCCAUACAUAAAGCACUUCAGCACACACUGUUAUUAAACUUCAUUGUAACUCAG